AUGGAGUCCUCUCAAAAAUAUACCCAUGAUGACUUUGGACUUGAUGAAGCCCACAACAAAUUAGAUAACGAUGGAAUAAUUGAUGAGAGACUCAAGAAACAGAGCUCAUACACAUACUGGGUGCAAAAGAAUGUAGAGCAGUUUCCCUAGCACUAAAACAAGCAAGUUAUAGCUCCUAGGAAAAUAGAAGAUCCAGAUCUUAUCAAGAAAAUCAAUGAGUAAAACUAGCUUAACAACACUGGUUCUGCCUGGAAUACAGCUGGAACUUGGGAAGAUAAGAAACUUAAGAUUGCUAAUGUUAAGAAGGAUUUCAAGAAACAUUUAGUCGAUGCUGCCUGGAAGUGUAAAAAUGGAGAGUUAUAAGCAAUAGCUAUUGAAGAGCUAACUGGAGAGGGAAGUGUAAUUCAUAGCAGAGGAAAACGCAGGAUAGGCUAUGAAUUAGAGAUUAAGAUUAAGUUUAGAGGGCUUGGCAAGUAGGAAGGAUUAGAGUGCGCAGUCAAGUUUACAGAAUUCUGUGAUGACGGAAGCGACCCUGAGGCACAACUAUUCGUAACAAAGGAAGAAGGCACAGACUAGGGCACGAAAUUCAAAAAGGAAUGGAAUUCUCAAAGUGUGACAAAUAAAGUGGUUGAGAAAUGCAGAGAAAUUCUCAAUAUCAUUAGGGAUGAAGCAUGA